AUGGCCUCUACACACUACCAUCACGUAUCGCAAUCACACCAUACUCACAACCAUAACCAUGUCCCAAAUAACCAUUUCUCAAAUAACCACUACAAUCGACAUCCAUCUUCGCAUACGAAGGAAGUCUUUGCAACCCAAUGGCGCUUUAAUAAGAGCGAUUUAAAUCGUACACCGUCGAGAUCCGACGGAAUCUCAAAAGAAGAAGAGAUGGCGAGGCGGUGUAAAGGAGUGAAGUUUAUUGUAGAAUGUGCGUACGAGUUGAAGCUACCACAACCGACGAUAGCGACUGCCACUACAUAUUUACAUAGGUUUUAUAUGAGACAGUCGCUAGCCAAACACCACCAUUACGACAUUGGCGGAACAUGCUUGUUCCUGGCCUGCAAGUCCGAAGAAAGCAAUCGCAAACUAGCUGACGUUGCAACUGCAUGUGCAAAGAAAGCACAGAAGAACGACCGCUUUGAAAAUCGAGCAGAGUUUGAAAAGUGGGCUGGGACAAUACGUUCCAAGGAGCCGAUCGUCUUGGCACAAUUAUGUUUCGAUUUCAACGUUGAGCAUCCGUAUAUUUGGUUGAGAUAUGCUCGAGAACUGAAAGUUCAAAGCAAAGAAACAGCGAGGCUUCUUGCUGUACAGGCCUGGUGUCUAGUGAAUGAUAGCUUGCGUACACCCCUCUGCCUUAUCCACACACCACAAACAAUCGCAAGCGCAGCGCUUUAUUUGUCUGCAAAGUUGUCAGGGAUCGAGUUGAAUGACGACCCCGACCAAGGAAAGGUCUGGUGGUCGAUCCUUAAUAAUGACAUACAAAAAGUCGCAGAUGCGGCAGAGAUGAUGCUUGAACAGUAUGCAACUCAGCCAGAGAUAGCCAAGGAAAUUCAGAUAAUGCAACAAAAGCGAAAGGAGAAUGGAGUUGUAGAUACGGCAGGGAUGAUACGGCAGGGAGACGGGGGGAGGAGAGAACAGAUUUCGGAAAGGAAUGGGGCAAAUCAGAGGGAACGGAGAGCUUCGGAUGGACACUUGAAGGAUGGGCGGUCGAGGGCUGGUGAUAUGAGAGAUGGUUAUAUGACAGAUGGUCACCCGAGGAAUGCUUAUGUAAGAGAGAACUUUACGAGAGAUGGACGAGUGAGAGAUGGUUAUUCGUUUAUGGGAAAUACGGGGAUCUUCAAUGGGCAUGACCAGAGAUUUGACGGGUGGAAAGAUAGUCAGAAGAAUGAAUAUCAGGGUGAUGUCGGUCAGAGAGAGGGCGUUCGCAAAGACACUUCAAUGAAAAAUUACUAUUAUAGAGAUGGAUAUGACAGGAAUAAUUUUAGAGAUGGCAAUUACCAAGAUGCAAUUCAUAGAGGUAUCGAUUACAGAUAUAAUAGGAACGGCAAUUACAAAAAUGCUGUUAAUAGAGGUAUCGAUUAUAGGUAUACUAGAGACAUCAAUUACAAGAAUACCAACUUCAGGCCCUUUUCUUUUCAAUCUCCUUCCAUAAAUCGCACACUCUCGAGUACACAAAACGAGACUCCGGAAGAUGGAGAAAUUACGCAGUUAGAAGACAAUGACAGGCGUUUAUUUGGGAGGAAACGAAGGCGUGAUAUCGAAGACAAGGAUCGAUGUGGGGAUACAGAUUAUUUGGUGCGGAAGAGAGUUAAUAGUGUGGAAGGAUGUUGA